CACAUCCAUCAUCCAUCCCUUGCCUUCAUGACUCCUCACUUUGAAGCUAUCCAUAUAUGAACUCUCUUCCUUAACACAUCCACCGCAUGCAACCAUCUGACACAAUGAGCAAUGCUCCUUCUCCACCCGCCGCUACGUCUUGUUCUCGCUCCUGGUCUGUAAGCGAGGAUUCGUUGAGGAGGUACGUGAACUAUGCGAGCGAGAGAUGCAUUCAGGAGCUCUUAUCGGCCUCCGAGUCCAGCGAUGGUUGGAAGGUCUUGACGUUUCGGAAUGGCGUUGAGAUCUCGAGGAGGAGCUCGGCGUCGCUGCACGUCUUUAGAAGCCGCUGGCUUCUCCGCUCGGUUUCCCCACAGCAGUUCUUCAUGGUCGCCAACGCCAUUGAUGCCGCUAAGCAAUGGGAUCCGGAUCUGGUGGAAGCAAAACACAUCAAGGACCUCAAUGACAACCUCAGGAUCAUUGCACUGAGGUUUGGUGACGCAUCGAAGCCGCUCUUCAAGAAGCGAGAGUUCGUAGUCUACGAGCGCCGUGAGAGUCUGGAUGAUGGAACCCUAGUGGUGGCUGUGGCUUCUCUGCCUCAUGAAAUAGCUGCAGGAUUGCAGCCAAAGAACGGUAAUGCCAUUCGAGGGCUGUUGCUUCAAUCUGGAUGGGUGGUGGAGAAGCUUGAAGAUGACUCUUGCGUGGUGACGUAUGUUGUUCAGUUGGAUCCGGCUGGUUGGCUGCCCAAGUGUUUUGUGAACAAGCUCAACACUAAGCUGGUCAUGAUCAUUGAAAACCUAAAGAAGUUGGCACAAACCUGCCCGGUGGACAGAGAAAUGUGAAUGUGGAUUACUGAAGUUAGUAGUAAAUACACGAGUAAAUAAAUUUAUAUAGAGCCUCGAGGUGAAACCCCACUCCAAGGAUGGGACCUCCGAGAGGGAUCGGUCGGGCCGCAAAUCCUCCAAGAAUCACGAGCGCGGACGCGAUUCAUCCGAGGAUCAUUACCGCGAUCGGGAUAGCACCCCCACCACCACCACGGUGGCAUCAAGAACUCGGACGACAACCGCCACUACCGCCUCAGAGGUCUUUCACCCUCUGACACCUUCACCGACCCAGGCCCUGACCACAGCGAGUGCUCCUCCAGCCGGCCGCGGGACUCGGUUGAUCGCAAGCGUUUAGAGGAGCGGCACAGCUACUCCUCGAAUAAGCGGAAGAAGCACGGGGACGAGGAGGGUCUGGAGAAGAGCGGGAAGAGUGCUAGGGUUUCCGAUGUGGAGAGAUACGCCGAAAAGGAGAGGCGGCGUUUCAAGUUAAUGGCCCGUGGAGGAUUAAAAUCGAGAUCAUAAUGAGGAUAGAUUAUAUGAGAGGUACUCGAGGAGUAGGAGGGAAGACAGGUCGAGUGAUAGGGAAGAGAGGAGAGAGGAAAAGAGGGUGAAAGGUGAUAUUAUAAGUGAUGGAGAAGAUAAGAAGAAACCGAGGAAAGGGAAAAGAUUACAGAUGCUGUGAAUGUUGAGAGGAAAAGAGGGUGAAAGGUGAUAUUAUUAGUGAUGGAGAAGAUAAGAAGAAACCGAGGAAAGAAGGGAAAAGAUUACUGGUGCUGUGAAGGUUGAGAGGAAAGAUUCCGAUGAUGAUGACAAAUUUCUUCACAAGAAAGAGGCAAAGGAUGAGCCUAGGUCUAAAGAUAGGGUUACGGAAGGUGAUGUGGAGAGAUCCCGUGAUGACAGGAUGCUGGCUGUGAACUCGAAGAACAGAACAAUUGAUCAAGCUGAAAAAGAUAACCUGGGUAAUUUAGCUUUGGAGAAAGAAAGUAGCACUUUCAAUGUUGUUGCCCAGGAAUCAUUCACUUUGGUAUCAAAGGUUUCUACGAGAUCUGCUGCAUCUCACCGUUCUCUUCUUACCAAAGUAUCUUCAUUUACUACCACAAAUGAAAAUGCUGGAGUUAGUAUUAGAUCUUAUGAGGUUCCUUCAAAUUCCAGUACCGAUGGCACAGAAACUUCAGUUCCUCCCAAAAGUGGCAGCUUGUCUCUUGAUGCUUUAGCAAAAGCUAAAAGAGCACUACAACUGCAGAAAGAAUUGUCUGAGAAGCAAUAGAAGAUUCCCUAUUGCUAAACGAACAUGUUAGCUUGAGCACUGCCCAGGUAGCAUCCAAUAAAGAUGGAGGUAAAGUUCCUCUAGCAGGUGUAGCCCAACCUGGCCAUUCUGGCUUGAGGAGUUCUGCCUUUGCAACCUAUGUUUAGACAGUUCCAGGACAACCAGGGGAUGCAACAUCGGAAAAUCUAUCUGCUGCAGGUGGUAUGGUUGUCCUUCCUGGGCUCACAAAUAUACGGUAAGAUUGAAGCUGUAAAGCGAGCACAAUAACUUGCUGCCGGGAUGGGGUUUUGUCAGGACCCAGAGUUUGCACCUCUUAUUAACAUGUAUCCUGGACAGUUGCCAGUUGACAUGGCUGUAACCUGUGAAGGCUCCUGUUCUGCACUUAGAUGCAUAGGCUCCUCUUAGUAACUUGUUUUUUUUCCCCAUCUUAGUUUUGAUAUGUGAUGUAUGCUAGUACUGUAACAACAAAGUUUCAUUUUCGUUUCAGGUCAACAUUAACAAGCAGAAGAAAGAAGCAUUUCAAAUAAUUAAACCGGAUUUAGAUGAGCAUCUACAUCUCAUUUUGAUUAGUGCAUGGGUUCAAAUAAGACAAAGCUGUUAAGACCAAGGUAAAUGGUCAAAGCAGGCAGAGAUUAUAAACUUCAAGGUGUGGUUCAAUAUAUUGUUUUCUACUGUAUCUUUUGAUGGCACAGAUGCCUUUGUUCUGUCAGCUUGCCUUUGUAUGGGUGCUUUGUUCUGCAGAGUCAUUUUGGGGAAGCACAAUCAAAAUAGUUGAAGAUCUAGCAGACUCAGCUUGUGAAGGCAAAGGCGUCUUGCUGAGCCUGCCCCACCAUCACCACUACCACCACAACCUCUAAAGCUAACAAAGAAAGAACAAAAGAGCCUGCCCCACCACCACCACCACCACCACAACCUCUAAAGCUAACAAAGAAAGAACAAAAGAAGCUCAGGACGCAGAGGCGUAUUGUGGUAGAGUGAGACAUGCAAGAAAUGACCAGACAAGGCCUUUAGAGGCUUUUAAGUCAGAGGUCAAAAUGAGCAACUUGAUGAAAGUUCUUGCUUCUGAAGCAACUCAAGAUCCAACAAAGCUUGAAAUGGAGAUUCGUAGUGCUGCUGCUGAGUGCAAACAAGCACAUGUUGAUAGAAACAUUGCUCGCAAGCUGACCCCUGCUGAACGGUGUGAAAAGAAAGAGAAGAAGCUUUAUGAUGAUCCCAAUUCAGUGGAGACUUUUGUCUGUGUGCAGGAUCAGGGACUUAUCUCACCUCCAAACACAGGUUGUCCUGUGAUAUCCAAAUUCACUGGAGACUUUUUGUCUGUGAAUGCUCAGGAGAACCAACUGACAGGUUGUGCUGUGAUAUCAGAUGACAUUAGUGUUGUGGUUGUGGAAGGAGUUAGAAAAUCAAUAAAAAGAUAUGGAAAGUUGAUGCUGAGAAGGGUAAACUUGGUUGCUGCAGUUGGCAACGAGGAAGAGCUUGGUGAGGAAACAGAUGGCCCUUCUAACAGUUGUGUCUUGGUGUGGCAGGGUAGUGCUGCUAGAAAGUCUUUGUUGAUGCUGGAUUUCCACAUUACUGGGAUCUGGCUAUCAACUUCUGGGAGGAACUGUUCCAAUUCAGUAACUUGGUAGAGUUCAAUUGAACCGUCCGUUCAGGUCGAGGACAGAUCUUUAAUUGCUGUUUUGGUUUUAAUUGACAGAUCUCUCCGGUUAAUUUCAUGUUGGUUUUGAUGAAUGACACGGUGUGCCUCUCACUCAUGUAUUUGCGAUUCUAUGUUUAUCGUUUGCGUGUA